UGGUGCGUUGUUGGGCCCAGCGCCAUUUUAGGCACUCCAGGAAGGACUUUCCGGGCGUUCCUCUUUGCGGAUUAUUUUUGCACUAUUAAUGGCGACGCAGUUUAGAUUUGAAGAAAACGAAAAGGUUUUAUGCUACCAUGGACCGUUGCUUUACGAAGCAAAGGUUCUUUUACGUGAACUUAGGGAUGACAAUACUCCAAGAUACCGCAUUCACUACAACGGCUGGAAUAAAAGUUGGGAUGAGUGGAUCGACGACACUCGAGUAUUGAAGUUUACCGAAGAAAAUCUGCAACGGCAAAAGGAACUUUUAGAGAGUUUUUCUUAUUCUAAAAAAAAAGUCGAUAGAAAGGAUUUAAAGCGGAAGCCGGCAGAGAAAGAAGAGGACGCUAAGAAAAAGAACAAGAGGCGGGCAAAAUCGUUAAACGAUGUGGAAACGGAAGAAGAAUUUUUACAGAAAGUUGAAGUCCAUCUUCCUAUACCUGAUAAUCUACGGCGGCAGCUGAUUCGGGACUGGGACUUGGUAACUUACCAAAAAAAGAUGGUGCCGCUGCCUCGUACGCCCAACGUGGCUCAGAUCCUUGACGAAUACCUGAACUCGAAGGCCAAACUUUCCGACUCUUCUGACGGUGUCGUCGCGGAAGUUGUAGAGGGACUACGCACGUACUUUGACCAAGCGCUGGGAAUGCUUUUGCUCUACCGCUUGGAACGAGCGGAGUACACGGACCAGCUCAACCAGCAGCCUGACCAACCAAUGUCGAGCGUUUAUGGAGCGGAGCAUCUUCUGCGUUUGUUCGUGAAGCUCCCAACACUUCUGGCGCACACCAACAUCGACGAGGAAACUUUACAAGUGCUAACACAGCACUUGCAAGACUUUUUAAAAUAUUUAGAUAAGAAUCGCUCAAAGCUUUUCUGCGAGGAGUACACGUCGGCGUCUCCCGAGUAUCUCCGCUUAGCGCAACUAUAAAGCCCACCCCGCCCUAGAAAGACUUGCCCGCACUCUCCCCGCACUCUCCCCGCACUACAUUCGUCAUCUUUCCACGGCGACUCCACUACAUGUACAUCAAUAAAGUUUGCCGCAACCAAAAA